AUGUCAAGACGACUCGACACGCGCAGAACAGACGAUGUGGAUAAAAAUGUUUGGGUUGAAUUCACACAACUGGCAGCAGACUACAAAGCUGUGAACCUCGGACAGGGAUUUCCUGACUUCUCCCCUCCUCCGUUUAUCCGGGAGGCUUUUUGUAAAGCUGUGGCCGGAGGACCCGCAAUGCACCAGUAUACCCGGGCUUUUGGCCACCCCCCACUUGUAAAAAGUCUGGCUAAAUUCUUCAGUAGGAUUGUGGGACAUGAGAUCGAUCCUCUUGAAGACGUCCUGGUCACAGUGGCAGCUUAUCAGCUCUUCUGUGCAUUUCAGGCUCUGGUUGAUGAAGGUGAUGAGGUCAUAAUUGUCGAGCCGUUCUUUGACUGUUACCAGCCGAUGGUGAAGAUGGCUGGAGGAAAGGCGGUGUACUUGCCUCUGAGGCUGAAAGUUGGUGGCACCGUCCUGUCAAGUGGAGACUGGGUUCUCUCUGCUGAGGAGCUGGCCAGUAAAAUCACCCCACACACAAAAGCCAUUGUUAUCAACACUCCCAACAACCCAUUAGGAAAGGUUUACAAGACUGAAGAGCUGCAAGUGAUCGCUGAUCUGUGCAUCAAACACGACAUGCUGUGCAUCAGUGACGAGGUGUAUGAGUGGCUGACUUACGACGGAGCCAAACAUGUGAAGAUAGUCAGCCUUCCAGGCAUGUGGGAGCGCACAGUCACUGUCGGCAGCGCUGGAAAGACCUUCAGUGCUACUGGCUGGAAGGUUGGUUGGGCUAUUAGCUCUGGCAAAAUCAUGAAACAUAUUAAAGCCAUGCAUCAGAGCUCUGUGUUUGAUUGUGCAACUGCUGCUCAGGAGGCAGUGGCUCACGGCUUUGAGAGAGAGUACCAGAUGUUUGGGAGUCCAGAGAGCUACUUCCAGCAGCUGCCUGCGAUGCUGCACCACAAGAGGAAGAAGCUGGCCUCGUGUCUGGAGAGUGUGGGUUUGCAGCCCAUCAUGCCGGAGGGAGGUUAUUUCCUGAUCGCAGACAUCUCCUCUGUCGAGAUUGGCCUCAGUGACCAGAGCAGUAAUGAUGAACCCUAUGACUUCAGAUUUGUUAAAUGGCUAAUUAAAGAGAAGGGGUUAGCAACGAUCCCCGUCUCUGCAUUCUACAGUCCAGAGCACAGAAAGGACUUUGACAAGUACAUCCGGUUCUGUUUCGUCAAGGAGGACUCCACCCUGGAUGCAGCAGAGGACAUCUUGAGAAAAUGGAGCCCCAGAAAGUAAACUAGCCAAAGAUGUUGAGCACAUAGUCAUGCAUUUUCUGUCCAAUAAGAUUUCA